AUGGUUGCACAUGUUCAUAAAUACUGCGAUAUGCUUAUUAACGAUGAUGCUUUAGUUAAAUUAAAUCCAACUGAUGAUGUAACAACUUAUUAUUCAAUAGAACCACAAACAAGUGAAAUUUCUCGUAUUACAUGUAAACAACGAGAUGAAAUUGAUGCCAUUCUUAAAAAACCAUAUGUUUUAUUGAACAAUUUAACGAAUAAAGAGAAUAGGAAUUUGGUUACAACUAAAAAACUUUCUAUGAAAGAUGGUGAGAUUAACAUCGGCAUCAUUCAAAAUACAUAA